UAUAUUUGAAAAGUUACGUCGGGGAUAUAAUGUCAUUUGCAGCGAAGACUACUUUCGCGUUAUGUUGUGCAACGUCACUUGGUAUAAUAGUUUACGUUCAUUAUACUCAGGAAGAGGAAAGAAAACAGCUUCAUUUAGGUGUCGAACGUGAUAUUCAACGUCAGGAAGCACGAAAAAGAGAAAACCUAUACAUAUAUGAACAACAACAACUGUUAGCGAAGCAAUUACAACAAGCACAUCAGCAAAACGAAAAUCUUGAAGCUGCAUAAUUUGUAAAUAUUGUUAGAUAGCCACAACAAUAUAGUAAUUUAUUGCAGCACUUGUAUUCCUACAUUUAUGGCAUUUCUUAAUAAUACUAUUCAUUCAGGAUUUUUUAUUGAAUUU